AUGGUUUUGGAAAACAACUGGCAAUCUUUGAAGCUCGAGAAAGUCAGACCAGGAGUCCUAAAGCUUAUAAAAAUACCAGAGAAGAAAAAGCCAGCUCCUCAUAAAAUUAAAUUAAAGAAGCAGAACGAUGAGCCCAAAAAGGUGGAACCAAAGAAAGAUCUUCAUCAUGAUAACUACUGGAAAAUAAAAGAAAACAAAGAGGAGAAGGUGGAUUACACUGUAUACAAAGAUGGACCCUCGCAUACGGUUGUUCCUCAUCAUACAAAAGAAACUAAAUCUGGUAAACAUAGGGGUUUAUUGUAAAAUUAUCAUGCUGUCUUAUCCAAUUUUAUCUUGACCUGAAAAGCUGCGCUUGAUAAAGACCCACAGUGAAUAUUUAAUAUCAGCAUUUUGACUUUCCUGAUUACCUGUAAGAUUGCCCCUUCAAAGACUGGAAUUGAACACUUUGCAUGCAUGGAACUUGCUUACACCAUGCAUGUUUCCUUUAAAUAUAGUCACACACAGAGUCACACAAAAGUUUGCCUGAAUUUGGAUAACUUUAAUACAUAACAUGAGUUUAACACAUUUCAUGAUGUGAUAAAUAUGCCAGAAUCACCCGAUUUACCCUGGCUUUGUAUUUUUUGUAUUUCAAUACAAGUAUUCUCACUUCUUUAGAAGAGUAUUUGAAGCACAUUUGUCACCCAAUGUGCAAGAAGACGUGCAUUUCGUCGUGUGCUCCUGGAUGUUGUGCUGGUGAACACCAUCAAAAUUUCCCACUGUACCACCGAAAAUCAAGCCAUUGCCAUCCACUCUGCAAGAAACACUGCAUCUCCUCUUGUCCCCUCACUUGCUGUGCAGAAACAGAGAAGGUCUCGAAAACAUGGAAACACCCUCACGUUCAUCAUAUCAACCCAGGCUGUCAUCCGAUGUGCAAGAAAAACUGCGUUCCCUCGUGUCCAAAGGCAUGCUGAAACACAAGGCCCCUGUGCGUAAAUCUCACUGUCAUCCACUUUGCAAGAAAAAUUGUUUAUCGUCCUGUCCGCUGAGCUGCUGCAGUCAUAAAGACAGAUUGAAAGAGAAGUGUCACCCAUUGUGUCGCAAAACUUGUCUGCCUGCCUGUCCUGAUGAAUGUUGUACAAAGAAAACAAGCCAACAUAAACUUAUCAUGAAGAGUGAUGAACAUAAAGUGAAAGCUGUAGCAAAAGUUAAAGCAAAACGCACAUGUCCUGGAUUAUGCCCUGAUGUAAGUAAUUAA